UCAAACGCAUUCAGUUGUGUAGAUCCCAAUAGUGGACGCUCAUUUCUUUCAUAACAAUCAAAGAAAUUACGCUAAGAAGUAGGUUCCAGUUACUUUCUCGAUCAGUUCAGUUCAUUGCUAACAUUUGAUACAUUCAGCCGAAACAUCCCCAUGGCUUUCCUUCUCCUAACGUUGUCCUUAUUUGGAGCAAUUGGAGGGCUCCUUUACCUUUUCUUAGUGUCUAACUUCAACUACUGGAAGAAGCGUGGGGUGUUAGGCCCGAAGCCACGACUUUUGUUUGGCAACAUCCCUAAUAUAGUAUUACGGAAGCGAAAUUUUCAAUAUGAUAUUAUCGACAUCUACCGUGAAUAUAAAGGAAAAGAUAGAUUUGUUGGGAUUUUCAAUGUUCGGAACCCGCAACUCCUCAUUAUUGACCCUAAAUUGGUGCAAGAUGUACUUAUAACAAACUUCCGGAAUUUUAGUGAAAAUGAGGUUUCCAAGUGGGUAGAUAAAGAAGUGGAUCCUUUAUUAGGACGAAAUCCCUUUAUUUUAUCAGGAAAUGAAUGGAAGGGAAACAGAGGCGAAGUGACGCCUGCACUGACGACUAAUAGGAUAAAAGCUAGCUAUCCGAUAAUGUUAUCUGUUUGUGGAAAAAUGACCAAAUAUCUCGAAAAAGAAACCAAGAAACAUAUUGCAGAUGGAAUCGAAGCCAGAGAGUUGGCAGCUAGAUAUACGACCGAAGUCGUUAGUAAUUGCAUCUAUGGAAUUGAAGCUGGGGCAUUCGAGGAGGGGCCUUGUGAAAUUCGCGAAAAGGGAGCCGCUGUUUUGGACCAAUCCUCUGCGUCGAUAGCAUAUUUCAUGUUGAUGUCUACACUACCGGAUUGUUUUAGAGGAGUCUUCAAGCGGCCAUUUAUGAAGAAAGAUAUGCAAACAUAUUUCAUACAACUCAUGAAGGAAGCCAUCAGAAUUAGACAGAACACAAUAAGUGAUCGGGUUGACUUCUUGAAUUAUUUACUGCAGCUAAGGGAGAAGAAGAAUUUGUCUGAAAUAGAGGUGGCUGCGCACACAAUAACAUUUUUCGCCGACGGUUUCGAAACAUCGAGUGUACUGAUUUCGAACUGUAUAAGAUGCCUUGCUCAACAUGAAAGUGUCCAACAGAAACUCCGUGACGAGAUAAAUAAAACAAUGAAAGAAAAUGGGGAAGUGUCAUUUGAAAACCUGCAGGAGCUGUCCUACCUAGACCAAUGCAUUAAUGAAUGCUUACGAUUAUAUCCACCGGCGAUUGCUUCCAAUAAAAUGUGCUCAAAUACAUGUGAAUUAAUGUCUAGUAAAGAAAAACCCAUUAAAAUUGAAAAAGGAACUCCAAUUCUGCUACCCUUUUACGCACUGCAUCAUGACCCGGAGUAUUACCCAAACCCGGAAGCAUUUAUACCAGAACGCUUCAGCCCUGAAAAUGGUGGGGCCAAAAAAUACAAAGAAAUGGGCGUAUUUCUUCCAUUUGGUGAUGGACCACGAAUUUGCUUAGGUAUGAAAUUCGCGUUAUACCAAUCCAAGGCAGCUAUUGUGGAAGUAAUACGAAAUUGGAAAGUUAAGUUGAACCCAAAGACAAACCCAAAUUUCAUCAUCGAUACUCAACAUUUUCUGUGCGUUCCUGAAGGGGGAACUUGGGUGGACUUUGAACGAAUUAAUAACUGAUAUAAUUAGAGGAUUUAAUGUAGCCACAAUUUAAAACAAAGCAUCGAAUGGUUAAAGUAAAUGUUAGUAGACACGAAGGAAAUACAUAAAAAAUACAAACAG